UCUGUCUUACGUUGCACUGUCGAUGGCCACUGCGGGGGAUUGGUGGAAAGACAGGGGGCAGCUUUUGUAAACAGCCCGUAGAGUGGGAUGUUCCAAUUACCUUUUCAGCAUUUUCAAACUCCCACCCAACCUCGACUCUCCAUUUCAAGCAUUUGUAUUAAAAGCAAGGUUUCUUGUUUGCCUACAUACAUGACCGAUGAGAGAGAGAGUUGAGCUGAGAGGCAGAUAUCAUCAGCCAAGCCGACCGGUCUGAGUUGUACAAAAGAGGCACAGUGAAUGCAUCUUUAAUCUUACGUAUACAUCCGUUCAUUUUCCUUGGACAUUUUCACUUCCAAGCUUCAAGGUACGCAAGCCAGCGCAAUUGACCAAUCCCAUCCCGUCGGCUUGCGUACCACUUCAAUUAAGUGGCUGCCUGGCGAUCAUCAAAGCCUCGGGUCUUACGACUUUAUCGAUUGCCUCUCAGCUUUAAGGUAUUUUUAAGGAAACAUUUUUAAAAAAAAUCAUCUCGUGAGCUUGGUCGUUCGGAGUCUCAACUUUUGCUUCGCAGGCAAUUGUCGUAUACAAUAGAAUAUGGCGGCCUUCAAUUCGGCAGUGCCCCCCUUCCUAGGAGAGAAGCAAAGCGACAGCGACAACGUUCAGGCACGUUUCCAAUUACCCCGGGAAGAACCGAGCUGGGGUUGGCGCCGUUUGAGUGCAGUGGCUUUAACCGUCAUAUCUGGUAUCUUAAUUAUUGGUCAUUUCGGCCACGGUCCGAUUCACUAUGGCUAUCGCCAUCCAGAGUUGGGAGAAGAUCAAACCCAAUCAAAAUCUCUCGAUGGGUGGACUGAAUGGUCCAGCAUUACACCGAGCGAAAAACUCAUCUGGCAGCCGUGUUUCGCACUAUACGGCGACGGCUUCCAAUGCGCCCGGCUGACCGUACCUAUGGAUCACCACCGACCGCUCAACCAAUCGGCGGACAAUCCGAAAGUACACCUAGCCCUGGUCCUGAAGCCCGGUAUCAACCGUACCGCAGACCCGGCAUCCUACUCGGAGUCUCCACUUCUCAUUAAUCCCGGGGGCCCGGGAGGCAGCGGGGCGCAUUUCGUGCUAAUCACAGGGCCGGGGCUCCAAGAGGUGAUUGGCGGAAACCGCGACGUGAUCGGCUUCGACCCGCGCGGGGUCGGCGCUACCACGCCUAAGGCUGAUUGUUUUGCGUCUGCGGAUGAUCCUUCGGGACUCGAUGGGCGCAAUAUCGCUCUGAUGAAUCGAUUGAGUUGGAUGAUGUCGGGCCGUGGCAUUGGACUCGUCAACUCGAGCAACAUCGCGCUUCGCAAGCUCGAUGUCAGGUCGAGAGCCCUAGCCAAGCUCUGCAAGCGGAGAGAUGAGGAGGAAGGAGACGAUAGCAUAUUCCGGUACUCUAACACGCUGAACGUAGCGCGGGAUAUGCUCUCCAUCAUUCACGCCUGGGACGAGUGGAGAUCGGGAUCCAGCGACAAAUCCGCGGAGGAACCAGACGCUGCGCUUGGACUCCGGACUGAUUCGAAAAUCAAAUCGAAGGACAGCACGAAAGGAAAACUUGUCUACUGGGGGUUUUCCUACGGCACGCUCCUCGGGGCAACCUUUGCGUCCAUGUUUCCAGAUAAAGUCGGUCGACUCAUCCUCGAUGGUGUUGUGGACGCCGACCACUACGUCAACCCGAUGUUAGGAGAUGGCAUCACGGACACCGACGCGAUAUGGGAGAAAUUCUUCACCUACUGCGCCGACGCAGGAACAGAGUGUGAAUUUUACCGGCUUGGAGAUACUCCCGGGGACAUCAAGGAGCGCUUCAACUAUAUCAUGAGUUGGCUUGAGAAAGAGCCCGCGGUUGUCUUACCAUUGCAAUCGAAUGUGCCUGUCUUAGUGACGGCGGGCGAUAUCAAGCAACAAAUAUUCGCAGCACUGUACUACCCGAUCGUCAUAUUUCCUUCCAUAGCUAUACUCCUCAAGGCUCUCGUCGAUAAUAGGCUUGAGUCAAUGAUACCUAGUCCAUCGCCGACCCCGUUUUGCCAAAACCUAACCUUGCCUCAAUGGCCGGAUGACGCCCAGAAAGUGAUCGCGUGUAGUGACAAACGGUAUAAGCUCAAAGAAGACGCGGACGCGCUUCAACGGCGUUUUGAGAAGAUGGCCUCCUAUUCCUCAUUUGCAGACGUCUGGAUGGGAGUAGAUCUCAAUCUAGGUUGCAGCGGAUGGGAAAUCGAGUCAAAAGACCCUCCAAUGCGUUGGGACGAUCAUCCAAUCCACAAGCCCGAAGCCAUCGAGACCAGCUUCCCCGUCUUAUUCUUAUCAAACCACCUCGACCCUGUGACGCCGCUGCAUUAUGCUUUGAAAAUGACGCGCAAGUUCUCGGGAGCGAGUCUCGUAGAGCAGAAAGCAGAGGGCCAUUGUACCAUAUCUUGCGUCUCACCUUGCAUCGUAGGACACAUCCGAGCAUAUCUCAACGACGGCAUUGUGCCGCCCGUGCCGAAAUAUGGCUCCAAUGACGAGGGCGAAUGGACAACUUGCAAGUGUUACGAAAAGCCCUGGAAGUCACUAGAUGACAUGACUAUGGUGUCACACUCGGACAGAAACUCCCAAGGAAAAAUCGAAAGUGAAUUCUUAACUGGGAAGACAGGCGAGGAGUUGGAGACUAUGGAAGCCUCCCGACGCCUACGGACUCGGUUCAUUGAAUUUACGAUGUCUCAGCAGCAAUUCGGAGACCAGAACCCGCUUCGGAAUGCGAAUCUUAACAGCUUGAAUUCGCUCAAUAAGGAGCAAGCAAGCUGUAGCAAGCUGUGAGGACCAACUACGUGGAUGACCGCGAACUAAUAUGAAUAUGCCCUUGCUGUAUCAUGAAUGAUGAUUGUCCCGCUUGACUUCAUUUAUAUCUUAAAUUAGGUACGAAGUAAUAUACCUGAUGAGUCAUGACACCCUGUUUGAUGUAAAUUUCUCGAGGGGUCAACAAGGUCCUCAUUACC